AUGAGUCCGCCACCAACCUAUAUUGACCUACACCCAGACAGCGAUUUUCCCUUUCUGGUGCCUCCAUUAAGGGAAUGUCUGACAACACACGCACCCUGUAAUAUGGGUUUAGGGCCCAAGAAUACCACCAACUACUGGAAUGAGAUUUCAGACUACUUCUGUUUCCUGGCACUGCCCGUGAUCGUUACCUUCGCUGUACUCACCGAGUUGAUGAGCAUCGUUGUACUGGCCCGCCAAGUGCGCCAAUCACUGGACACUUAUCUCCUGGGCCUAAGCCUGGCCACACUGCUGCUGUUGACCUGCACCACCUUGCUUGCCCUGCAACACUAUGUCGGUCCACACCAUCUACUGGUCUACAGCCAGCCCUACAGCGCCUCCUGCAGGGACUGGUUCUGGUACAGCGCCAUCUGGCUUCUAGUUAUGAUGAGUUUCGAACGUGUGCUCACCGUGUCUGCGUCUCGAGCCAACAUACUUUGCACAUCUGCUCAAGCUGCUGUUGUUGUGGUGAUGGUGUUCGCUGUUGGACUGGUCAGUUCUUUGCCACGCUUCUGGGAAUACCAGGCUAUGGAAAUCAUGGACCAUGCCACCAACGCCAGCUUUGUCAUAGCCCAGAAGACUAUCUCCACGGCUACAGAAGAAUAUAACACAAUGUACUUCUGGUACGUAAAGGGGGUCACUCUGUUUGUCCCAUACUUUAUGAUGAUAGCCAUGUCUGUGGUAAUGGGGUGUCGCACGCGGCGGGGUGUGUUAACACAGCGCUAUAUGGCCAUCAAACACACCAGCGGCCUCACGCUGACUCGGAAAAUCAAAGAGGAAGUGGCGCUGACACAGCUGCUGAUCUUGCUGAUGGUACUAUAUAUGAUCUGCUCCGCUCCCAGUGCUGCACUGGAUCUGGUGGCUCAUCUGGCCCCCUCGUGGAUGGACCCCACAUCUAGGACGUAUGCUAGCUUCUACAACUUGUUUACCGUCAUGUUCUUUUUUCAGUUUGAUCUCCAUCUGAUUAUUUACUUUUGCUUCAAUAAGCAAUACCGACUGACUCUGCUGGCAUUGUUCUGCUGUUGCUGCUGA